CCAGGGUUUAAAGGUACGGGGUACGAGCCAACGACGAUCAGCGCGGCGCAAAGCUCGCACAGCGGCGCCGUCGGGGCGUUCGGCAGCCUCGCAUCGCAGGCGCUGAGGCCGCACGCGUGGCCUCGGGACGCUGCCCCAGUUCGGGCAGCGGCCGCGCCGAGGAGAGCAGGCAGCCCCCAGAGUGCUGGGCAGCAGGCCUUGGGACCGCGGGCGCGGCCUCGCGUAACGCGCACACCGGUAGACCGGCGGCCCCCAACGAACGAAGCCCGCCCGCCGGCCAGAACAAGUGAUGGGCGACGCACCGGCGGCCGACGCCGGCGCCGACGCCAAUGCGGAGGACAACAAGAACAAGCUGAAGAAGAAGAAGAACGAGCCCGAGAAGAAGGAAAAACUUGUGAUUCACGGCCGGAAGGACGAGGAUAUUCUGGGGAGUGCGUACGUCAAGAAAUAUCGAAGGGACGACCCUACCGAUUGGUCGCGCUAUGCUGAUAAUCCUAGAGGCAUGCUGAACCGUCGAAGACUGACGCGGGAAGAGCGGCGACGCCAAUUUACUGUCCAAAACGUGGUCGGCGACCCCCGGGAAACGGCUCCCAGGAAUUUUGAUGCCUUGUUCGAGGAAUCCGACAACCGCCUCACGAAGCCCAAAACGGUUACCGAGGCGUUCCGCCUGAGAGUACUGCGCGUCUGCGGUGGCCGGUGGUGGGACCGCAUGUACCUGUUCAAUCUCGGCUGGGUCCUUGUACUAUUCUGAGUGGAAAUCAAAAUUUCACGGCGCGUUCGUGCUGCAUCGUCGCGUCGACCCCCACGCCAUCGGCGCGACGCCUGCUCGAUAGCGUGAUGGUGCUCGUUCCUCACCGCUCGACGGAGCCAGCACGGCCGCGUCGUCGCCGAGAAAGGACUUGGUGAAGAAUUGUCGGGUGCGCCCGACACACACUGGUUGAUUGCCACACAGGUACUAUUACCGGCGGCCAUGGAGGACGACUUCGGCCUGGGCUGCGCGGCGGGCCCCCACCAUAGGCGAGGGGAAGAUGGCAGAGUGUGGCAUUUCACGAAAUCCGAGAAGUCGGAAUAUGAAUAUACGGCUUCGGCAGGAGCAGGGGACCCGAAGGAGUGCCAGGUGCUGUGGCCGCCGUUACUGUUCAUGGUCGCCUGUACCAUACCACCGAUCAUCGGCGCCGUGUUCCUGCGGUUCACGUCGUUCUCUUACCUGAAAUCGAUGCGGGACGAACGAAGGUACUGGUCGGCGUUUUUCGUGCUAUGCCUGAAGAUGCUCGCGCAGCGACCGAGCGUCCCAAAAGAAUUCCACGAGGCGGCCGUCAAGCUCUAUCAAUCGAUCAAGGCCGGUGGAAAAUCACUGGUCGAGAGGAUGAAGAACCCCCCGGCGAAAAUAACUCCCGUCGAAGCACCCAUAGAUUGUGAAGAAGCCCCGGCGCCCGGUGCGGCUCCACAAGUCGUCGAGAACGAAGACCCUUUACUAGCAGCAGCAAGACAGCGCAAGAGCAUCGAGGAUUUAGAGGAGGAGGCCGUGCGCCGCGCCGAGGAGAUGCGCGCGUCGCUGGAAAGCAUGGAGGGCGAGAAGGUCGAGUGGCGCUGCGUCGCUUGUGGCAGACGGAACAAGGCCCCGCUCCAGGUCAAGUACGACGAAAGGUGCGACAUCAUCGUGCAUCGAAUCCGGCGCAAGGCGGCCGGCGACGACCGCAUCCGCGCGACGUUCCGAACGGAGCGGUAUAGGCCGACGUGCACGGUCUGCCAGACGCCCAUCGACUACCGCAUACGACCGUCGAACGCUGCGUCUUUCCACGAGCCGGAAGGCGACGCCCUGCGAGCCUUUACGUUGCUCGCGGCGGCGCGCGCCGCGCGCGACAAAGAAAAGGAGGAGGAGCGCCUCCUCAUGCUCCAGAAGAAGAAGGAGGACGCGCGUAAAUUGGCGAUCGCGCAGGGGCGCCUCGCGCCGGCCGGGAGUCCUGCGAACAUUCUCGCGAAGACCAACGCGCUGUCGAUGUUCUCCUCAUCAAUCGCGUCGACGGACGACGAAACGCUGGACUCGAUGAACGCCACGCUGAACACGGAUACGGAGCGGGCGGCGUUGGGUAGUGUCCUCGUCGAGGGCAAGCAGAGCGAGAGGCCGUCGCAGGACGAGCGACCUGGAUCGGCGGGCACGGACGACUCCGACGACGCCGCCGCGUAUGUCAGAAGGAUGAUGGAAGCGCAAGAAGCGGUGAAUCGACGAUUAGGUCCGAUCAAGUACGUCUGCGACAAGCUGCGAGCGUGCUGGAACGGCGUAGUAGCAGCCUUCUCGCCCCAAGUGAAGGAUGUUGAUGGAAUGCUCUUUAAUGAUUGGUCCUUCAAGAAGAAAGUGAAGAAAUUCAAGCCGGUGCCGGACCGGAGGUCAGUGACUCAGCGUGAAAAAUGCACUUGAACUUGACGUGGUCGCGGCGAUGGCGUCUUCAUGAGACCGCGUCGCCUCGACGCCGUCGACGUGGCCGCAUGAGAGUCUAUGUGUCUCGUGAGAAAGCCGCGACAGCGUCCGUUCCACACAGGAUGCUCGAAGAGGGCGAACGGUACUGCGUCGGCGACGAGGUCGAAAGCUUCGAGCACAUGCCGACGUGGUACCCCGCUACUGUGACCAAGUAUAAUAGCAAUGGUAGUUACGUCAUCAGAUUUCACAACGGCGAGGAGGCCGACGCCGUGCCGAAAUCCAAAAUCAGGUAUCGCAUCCAACCGCCGAUUACGGGCCUGCAACAAAUUGUAUCUGGCUCAUUUUUGAUAUUCUUAGUCGUGGAACCGGCCUGGCUCUGCUUGUUUGCUUCCAAUCCAACCAUAAACGGCGAUGCGUGGUGGGAGGCCGCCGCGACGGUCAUCUUAUUGCCUUUGUUGCUCAUAGCGUUGAUCUGGGUCGUCGCUAUACUAUUGCAGAUGCUUUUGCUGUAUUUGCGAGAUGGCAGGGAAGCGGGGCCUUGCUUAAUCAUCAAAAUAGCGAUGUUCUAUCUGUCGGCACCUUUAUUUUUACUCAUCUUCUGCUGCGUCGCGCUGAACGGCCCCACAGCUGGUACAACGGGCGGCGCCUUCCUCGCCGCGCUCAUUUUGAGCUUUGUGGGCUUUCUCGUCGCGGUGGCGUCGGUGGCAUCGACGGUCAAACCCAUGUACGCGUACUUGACCAUGGUCGGCGCCGCACCUCUACUAUUAUUCUUGAUCCUCAUCAGUUUAUGGUGCGCCCACGACCCGCGGGGGCGGUGGGUGUCCUUCGCCGGGUCCCAGACAGAUGACGACGGGCCGUUGGGAGUGUUACAUGGUGCGCGGGAAGGCAAUGAGGAGAGUGCCCCUCCAGUACUCCUGGAGGGCUACCUCUACGUCAUGUUCAUACCCGCGUUCUUUACGUAUCGGUUGUGCUGGUGGCUGUUCCACAACUUGCCCCAUUUGUGGGACGCGAAUUUUGCCCCUCCCGAGGACUGGCGGGAGGAGAAGCGACUGAAAGCUUUACGGGGUCAGAAGAGGUGGAAGCAAUCUAGAUUGCGGUCGUCGCUGUUUGGUGGUUUAGGCGGCUUGGCCGCGGGCCGGUCUCCAGAAAAAAAGUCGCUGCGCGCUUUAGCUUUCGAGGAGACGAAGGAGGCGCCGCCGGAGGCCGAGGCGCCGCCGUUCCCCGUCGAGGAACGUCCUGCCACGGCGGCGUCGGCGCCGUCGCGGCCCGCAACGCCAGCUGUCGACGAGGCGGCCGACGAGGCCGAUGAGGCGGUCGAGUCGGCCCACGAGUCCGUCACGGUGGCGACGGAGGAGACGCCCGCGGACGACGCGCCCGCGGCCGAUGAUGCGGCCGGCGAGGCCGAACAGGCGGCCGACGAGGGCGCCACGGUCGCGACGGCCGACGAGGAGGCGCCCGCGAGCGACGGGUUCGUGGCGCCGGAUGUGGAGGAGUAGUUCGUGUGUUGUGAGACUAGUUUAUUCUACCCGCCUUCGGCCUUACUCGC